AUGUCCAAAAUGCACCAUUCUGAUGCUGCUGUGGAUGAUGCAAUGUUGCAGAAAAAAGAAGAGAAAGAUGUUGAGUUGGAUAAAAAAAUUCUAGCUUUGCGGAAGAAGAAUGAAGCUCUUAUGAAAAGAUAUCAAGAAAUAGAAGAGGACAAGAAGCGAGCAGAACAGGAAGGAAUGGCUGUCACUGCAAGGAAAGCUAGGCCAGACGGCCUUACCAUCACCAUCACCAAACCACAUCAUGAAAAGAGGGUUGUGAAUGAGAAGUGGGGAAGUAGUUGCUCUUCGGCCUUGAGCUUUGGGGUUGGCAGUGAGGAAGAGGAGGAGGAAAGUGAUCACGUGUUCACAUUCAGGAUGGGGAAGCGGGUUCAGCUGGCAGUUACCAUGGACAAUAAAGGCAAGGGAAAGCGGGUUGUCCGUGAAAAAUGGGGAUCAGAGGAUCCUGUGAACCCAGGAGAGGCCCCAGACAUCAGUGAAGAAGAGAGAGAUGAGCGGCUUGCUUUCUGCAGAGGAAGAAGAAUGCAGAUCGCUAUUACAAUGGAAAACAAAGGCAGGACAGAUGAAAGGAGAACAGUAGGGAGGAAAUGGUCCAGUGAAGACAACCAUCCCAAGACUGCACACCCCAGAAAGGAGAGAGAGAUUUCUCCCCAGAAGAGCCCAGGAGAGAAAAAUUGCACCCUGACUGGGAGAGAGCGGUCAGAGUAUAUGCAAUGGAAGAAAGAACGGGAUCAGAUUGAUCUGGAGAGGCUCACCCGCCACAAGAAUGCAAGGGGUGAAUGGCGACGGGCUUGGGAUGUGGAAAAAACGGAGUGCAUGUUUGAGGAUAUGAAGGAUGGAAAACCAGUCUUGGACUGUUCCCAGAAUAAGAAAGGGGGAAGAAGUGCCCGGAAGUCCCAGCUACGAGCUCUACCUUCUGACGGGAAAGGUGGAGGACAACACAGGAAGAGCAGCAGUGAGUCAGUUUCCAGAACAUUGCCAGUGGUGAGCAGUAAAGCCAAAGGGAAAGACAGGUUGACAGGCAGAGCCAGAAGAUGGGAUGUUAAGGAAGGCGAUGAAAUGUCCUUUUUAAAAGAUGAACUUGAUAAUCAGCGAUCAAUUAAAGUGGAAGAAGAAAAGAAUCAAAUUCUGGUCGGUGAAGCAGAGAAGGAGCAUCAUUGCCUAACCAAGUUAGAUAAUUAUAUAAAGCUAAAAGAAUCUAGCAUUUCCAUGCCACAGGCCAAAAGAGGCGAAAUGGACCCAUCUUCAAGGGAAGCCCAAGGCCCAAAUGAAAAAACCAGAAGGAGCCUUAUCCAGGAUGUCAAUAGAGAUGAGACUGAGGUAAAUCUCAAACUCCAUAUGGCAAUGUCCAGGCCUGAUUUGUCUCCCAAGUCUAACUAUAAGAAUAGCUGCCAGGAAAUAUCCAGAAUGAAGGCUUCUAGGGAUGUGAUUCAAGGAAUCCUUGAAAACUGCUUAGAUAAAAACACAUAUUCUGAAAGGCACCCUGAGGAGGAUUGUGCCGACAACGUUAAGCUCCCAAGUGUGAUGGAAAUGGGUAGUGGAAUCCAGGAAUUGCCAAUAAUGAGACAAACAGGAGAAAUCCAAAUUGGAAGCCUCAAGAAACAGGUAGCUCUUGGGAGAGACAGGAAUGGCACAGCCUGCCUUGCACAUGGGGAGGAAUCCAAGACUUCAGUUGGAGAAAGUCAAGUGAUAAGGAAUGAAUAUGCACCAGAAGGAACAAAAAUGUGCAGCAUGAAGCAAGACCACCCUGAGUCAUGCAAUAAGGAAGCACAUAAUUAAUCUAAGAAUGAAUUGGGCUCCCAACAGGAUGAAGGUUAGUGAAUCCUCACUGUAUGGCAUUUUGUUCAUCUAUGUAGACUUAUAG